CUCUGCCACAACAUUUCAUUUGAAAAACCAGACAUGUGAUUACGAUUGCCAUACCUCUGACUAUCCUCCCAUUAUCUGCCUCAUCCCGAGAGACUUGGCAAGAGCAGCUACUUGUCUGCAAGCAAGAUCAACUAAGCUCCGAACAUGGACACGAAGUUGGACCUGUCCAGGCUAACAGAAGAGGAGGCCAAACAUGUGUGGGAAGUCAUUCAGAGAGACUUCGUCCUUAGGAAAAAGGAAGAGGAGAGGCUUGGGGAGCUUAAAUCCAAGAUUGAUAAGGAAGAAUCAAAGAGGGAGCUCCUGGGAUCUCAGUCCAACCUGGCGGACUCUCACUGCAUCCGCUGUCUGCAGCCCUUUAAGUUCCUGGUGAACAGCAAGCGGCAGUGUAUCGACUGUAAACUUUUCACCUGCAAGACCUGCAGCCGCUACAACAAAAAGGAGCGCGGCUGGGUAUGCGACCCCUGCCGCAUGUCCAGGGUCCUGAAAAUCGGAACCUUGGGGUGGUACCAUGACAACGUCCGCUCUCGCUUCAAGCGCUUUGGCAGCGCGAAAGUGAUGAGGUCACUGUACAAGAGAUUAAACGAAGAGGGUCACCGUGAUGAUGACACACAGAGCAUGCCUGAUGUGCGCAAUGCGUAUAACGGGCAUGAAGAUGAACAUCUGGAUGUAACUGAAGCUCAACGGUAUAAGCAGAUGCGAAAGACUAAGCGUCUUCUCUCUGUCCACCCCAUGGAUCUUGACAUGGACGACUAUAGCGCUCACUCUCGCAGACAGUCUGUCCAGUACAUCCAUGAAGACAGAGGUCAGCGAAACGAUAUAGAGUACAACUCUGACAUGUACCAUCACCACAAUCAUCGCAUGAACCGCAGGAAAAGCCUCGACAGGUUCUCGCGCCCAGAUGAUGGCAUAUACUCUGAACACAGAAUGGUACGUGCUCGCUCUCUCUCUAAAAUCAACUCCUCUGUGGCCCCGCGCCAGAUCUAUCUGGACACUUCAGAGGAGGAGGAUAUGAUCCGUUACCCCGUCUAUCAGCUGCCCUCACGCCGCCGCAGUCGAGCAUCCUCUCAGGAAAACAUUCAUCAGAGCGCCCCACCGAUCAAUGAACUCAGCAAAAGAAUGUCUGCCAUUGAGAGUCUUUUAAAUCGACUGGAAGAGAAAAUUACCUUGCCUUCAGAUCAGCCUGUCCACCCCACGGCAGGACAGAUGGAGGAGGAGAAGCUGAGGAGAAAACUAGAUGAGCUGAUGAGUGACAAGGCGCUUUCCUCUGAUGAGGAAGAGCCGAAGAGACCUCCUCAGUCCAAAGGGUCCGCUGUGAGGGGGGUUCAGGCUCCAGUGGCCCCAGUAUCCCAAGAACCCUUGAGUUCAUCCAGCGAUGAGAUGCCCACCGAAGCACAAAAGAGAUCCACCGCGGCGGCCCUAUGCGACAUCACAACUGAGAUUCUAAGAACAAUUAAUGCCACAGAAAGCGCUAUGAACGAGUUGGCCCCCUCAAAUCCUAAUGACAGACUUCAGUUAGCGGCCACAGAGCUUAAGCAGGCUGAUGAUGCAUACAGGGAACUUGAGGAAAAUGUGUACAUGACUGCAGGGAAGUCCUUUGAUAUGGCUAGAAAGUUGCAAAUGAUUGAGCAGAAUGCCAAGAAUCACUACGGAGGCCCAUUAACUGAUUCAGAGCUCUCUGAACUGGAGGACCAGGUUGCUGUGGCAGCUGCCAAAGUUCAGAGCACAGAAAGUGAGGUCUCAGACAUUGAGGGCAAGAUAGCUGCUUUAAGUACUAAAGGAUUAUCAUUUGAUAAAGCCAAGAAAAAGGCACUGAGUAUACAACAAAAAAGGAAGUUUUCCCAAGACAGGGUACACUAUUAAGUGUAAAGGACAUCAUGUUCGCCUCUGUAACACGUUGCAUAUUUCCUGUUGUGAUAUCUGUGGAUAUGUUAUCUGACACUUGAUAUCUGUGCCUAUAAAUUAGUAUUUUACUUCACGAUGUGUUCAAGAUUUUUGACACCGAUCUUGACUUAAUACUAGUAAACCCUUUGUCUUGUGUAAAUUGUAUUAAGCAAGUUAAUCAAAUGCCAAUCUAGCUAAAAUCAGUAUUAGUAAAAUAAUAAAAACGUUUACAGUAAACAUGUGUCAAACAAGUAUUCAUGUCAAGAAAAAACGUGACAUUUUAUAAAUAAAAAAGGUUGUUUAAUCAAGCUAUAAAUGUUAAAUUAAACAUCUAACACUCAAAUGUACCCUUAGAAAAUACAUUGUAAAACAACUUCUUUGUCAUGCUUUUCCUGCUUGAAGAAAGAUAUUAAUUUGCACAAGUAAACUCUGGUUUGCUGGUCACCCAGUCUGUUAACUAGCUUUAAAUAACAGCUGGCCGAGGCUAAGAGAGCAUCUUUUUCAGGAGGGCUUUUGUCUUCUGAACAUUAUCAGAUAUUAUUUUUUAUAUAGAUAAUGCAACCCAAAGUUUGAGGCACCAUUACAAGAAGGGGAUAGCCGUUGGAUGCUAACGAGCCAAGACUUCUCCUCUUUGCUGCAUUCGCGUGCUGCCCUCUAGAGGAGAAGGCGUUCAAUCCUAAACGGCACAAACCAUGUAUUUGGGAAUAUUCUAUUCUUCAAGUAAACAGAAUUUAAUAUAUAUUAGAUUAUAGUUAGAAUUAUGAGAUUACAUUAUUAGGCUGAAUAAAGCGGUAAAACAACGCAAAUGACACAUAAUAAAAGUGAAACAUCAAAAAAUGUGGCUCUUUUUUUUUAUAUAAAGACCAUGAAAAUGAUGAUAUGAAA